AAAACCCUAAUUUCCCCCUCAUUAGCUCGAGAAACAAACAGCUUCUCGAUCACCCAAUGGCGCGCACGAAGCAGACAGCAAGAAAAUCCACCGGAGGGAAAGCCCCAAGGAAGCAACUGGCGACCAAGGCAGCCAGGAAGUCAGCUCCAGCCACCGGAGGAGUGAAGAAGCCCCACCGGUUCAGGCCAGGAACGGUGGCGUUGAGAGAAAUAAGGAAGUACCAAAAGAGCACAGAGCUGUUGAUAAGGAAGCUACCAUUUCAGAGGCUGGUGAGAGAAAUAGCCCAAGAUUUCAAGACAGACUUGAGGUUCCAAAGCAGCGCGGUAGCAGCACUUCAAGAGGCAGCAGAGGCGUACCUUGUUGGGUUGUUUGAGGACACCAACUUGUGUGCUAUUCAUGCUAAGAGGGUCACUAUCAUGCCUAAGGAUAUUCAGCUGGCCCGUAGAAUUAGAGGGGAGAGAGCUUAAACAACUUAGCUACUGAUGUUGGGUUUCAGGCUGUCAUGUCUGUCUCUGUUAAGAUUCAUGGUUGGUAGGUUUAGGGUUGGGCUUCGUUGUAGAUCUUUUUCUGGAUUUAAAUGACAAAUUGGGACUUUUAAUUUGAAUUCAA